UCAAAAAUUAACACCUAAUUAUUUCAAUUUAUUAUUCAUGUAAAAAUUUUUAAGGAAAUUGGUAGGUUAAAUUUAUUCAGCCAGACAGAGUUUUUAAAAUGUACAUAAAAAAUGAUAGGUACCUAACCUAUCUAGCAAUCCCUUACAUAAAUACAUUGCUUUUAAUGCAUACAUCUCAAACAUGUCGCGGUAGCCCAUGCAUUAGGUGUAGGUUGUAGAAACAUAGGGUCGUAGGUUCGAAUCCCCGUUAAGUAAGGAAUUUUCGGAGAUAAAUUAAAAUUUCAAUGUUGGUACUCGAUUCCUAUCUGUAGCUGGAGGGCAAUGGAAGUUAAAACACAUUCGCCAAUUAAUUACUCGAAUUUUAAAAAUUAAUUUUAAUAAUCUAAAUUUGUCAAAAAGUAGUCAAAAUAGUGUCAAAAUAUUGUCAAUUAUUUGCCAAGAGAUCGCUGCAAAACCGGUUUGGUGGCAUGGUAUUGACGCGUUUUCGACACUUUCAGCUUCUUUCUGAUUGGUUGGAAAUUGUCAAAAUAGUGUCAAACGCACUGUCAAAAUUAUCACGCCAAAAAAGUGUCAUUCGACACUCCUGCUUUGCACGGCGGGAAGUAAUUAAAUCUUCAGAUUUUUUUGUCUCUAAGAAUGGUCCAGGUUUUUGGAUCAUUACCACAACAUAAAUAAACUAAUUUUGAUUAAGAUAACUUUCCACAUCAGCAAAGGUACCUAGAUUCGAUUCCAAGUACAUCAUUUUUUUCUUUGCAGUGCGCCUCUCAGAGCGGCUUGGAUAAUUGGGAUGCAAUUGAUAAAUGCUCAAAGUCUUCCGAAGCAGACCAAGACUGUCAAAAAUACUGGGGCCAAAUCAACGACGACUGGCAAAUAACUGGCAUACCUGGUAUAAUGACACCACCGAAAUACAGCGAUUGUGAUAAUGCAGAUGCGAAAAAAGAUUUCAAAGGGUUCCUUUGUAAAAAGGUACAAGAAAAAGGUAUAAGCUGUCCAGCAUGUGGUGGUAGUGGUGGUGGUGGUGGUGGUGGUGGGGGUCAUCAUGGAGGUGGAUCUCCACCCCCUAGUAAUGGAUCUCCUCCUCCUAAUAAUGGAUCUCCACCCCCUAACAAUGGAUCUCCUCCUCCUAAUAAUGGAUCUCCACCCCCUAAUAAUGGAUCUCCACCUCCUCCUGGCCACUGCUAACAACAAUCAGAGAAACAAUGAAUUAAUGAGUAUACAUUUGGAUGAAACAGGCUACAGAGACAGACAUACUUAUUUUAUGCUUAAUUAUAAUUUGUCAUAAUAAUUUUGCUGUAAAGAAUGUACCUACCUACCUACACAUG